AUGGCUUCGCCCAGCGGCCAAUUCCAAACCCAUUUCUUUGCCCAAAGCAGCGGAAGCUUCAUGCCUCCCAUCGAAUCAUCUUGUUGGUUUCCUUACUCCUCUUAUUUCGUGUCUUUGUCAUCCAAGACUAACGCGAAUCUGAACCACGCGCUAACAUGUCUCCCAACAGAUCCCACACUGAUCAAUUCGGGCGCAUAUCCUGAGCCAACCUGGUCGGACAUGCAACCCAAUAAUUUCAACAACCCUGCCUCCCCAGCUGGCUCUGCCCACCACCUGGCUUACCCACACUUCUCACAGCCUGCCUCGCCAGCCUCAUCCCAGGCGCAAUGGGGUUAUCCUGCGCAAUUCCAGCAACCGAUGCACAAUGCGGGAUUUGUUCAGCAACCUUACGACAUGGGUCGCCGACCGUCGAUGCACUCGUUCUCCUCUGUCGCAUCCCGCGCCAGCCCCGAAUCGGAUCUGAAUGAGGACGGCGAGAAGCGACGAUGCCCCUUUCCGGACUGCGGCAAGGUAUUCAAGGAUCUGAAGGCGCAUAUGUUGACCCAUCAGUCCGAGAGGCCCGAGAAGUGCCCCAUCGCUAGUUGCGAGUACCACAUCAAGGGCUUCGCUCGCAAGUACGACAAAAACCGUCAUACCCUGACCCAUUACAAGGGCACUAUGGUCUGCAGCUUUUGCCCCGACACUGGCACCUCGGCUGAAAAGACCUUCAACCGAGCUGAUGUCUUCAAGCGCCACCUUACGUCUGUGCAUGGCGUAGAGCAGACUCCUCCUAACAGCCGAAAACGGAGCCCAACUGCAGCGCCGAAGAAGGUAGAUCCGUACCACCAAGAGAACAGUGGCAAAUGCUCCACUUGUCAGGUGAUCUUCAACAACGCUCAGGACUUUUACGAGCAUCUCGACGACUGUGUUCUCCGCAUGGUUCAGCAGGUGGAGCCCAGCGAAGAUAUCAACGCCUCGCAUCUGACAGCCAUUGGCAACGACAAGAAUGUCCAAGAGACGUUUGAUCGCCACAUGAUUCGGAUGGAAGACAACCCCACCAAUUUUGAAGGCGACGAAGAGGAAGAAGACGAGGAAGAUGAUGAGGAGGACGAGGAUGACACCUCCUACACUGGUCGAGGCACCAAGUCGGGCGUCAGGUCCAGCAAACCAGCAAACCGCGUGGUUCUCAAUGGUGCCAUCACUAAGAAGUCCCACAAAAAGGGUCUCACUUGGUCGCAAGGUGGCGUGGCACUGGUUGGCAAAGGCCGCAAGAAGAGAAAGGAUUAUCCUCCGGCGUGGGGCAUGAGCGCCGACAAGAUGCGCAUGAAGAGGCGGACAACUUGCAUUUUCGACGGUCCAAGAAGACUGGCGAAGGACGAGCUCAUGCUCAACAAUGAGUUUGAGGUUCGUCUACCUCUUCCUGGUGGCCAAGGCUACAUCACCGACCUGGACGUUGAGACUCUCAAGAGGGCCGAGGGAUUUCUCAAUGCUACAGAUGCCGAAAAGGGUCCCUGGGACUUUGAGGAGAUGGGUCAGCAACAGGUGGACCUGACUGAGCUGAUGCGACUGGGUCAAGACUGA